AUGGAUCAAAUUGCCGUCUCUGUCAGCGCCGUCGUCCACCGCAUGGAGGAGCUGCGCCUCCCGGUUGUGCCGUACAGCACGUACAUCAAGGCAGUCUGCAUUGGCAUUCCCCUUGCUGUACUGGUCCAUGACACGGCUGAGUACUGGCUGCCCACCAAGGUCCGCAUUCCGGUGCUUUCGUGGUUUGUGCGCAAGUGGCGACAGAACCCCGAAGCGAAACACGUGCACCUCCGUGUAAUUCGAAAUCUGGUUCUCUUCGCGUUUUUUGUCGUCCUCCGCAUGGACAGCGCGGCGAACGAGGAGGCGGAACCCUCUGACUACGUCUCGCAGCGACUGACUAGUGCCUCCGGCCAGCGCGCGGUGAACCAGGAGAUCUACAAGUCCCGCCGAGCCGCCUUCAAUGCUGCCACGGCCGUGCUUGGUGAGGAGGAGAUGAACAUUGAGGGUGUGCAGCAGCAGCGCGACGCUGUGCUCCGCCGUCGCCACCUCCACGACCCCAACGUGGCGUAA